UGAGAAAGAAUUUUGCAUAGUGACUGUGGAUUCGAAACACCACAAGUUUGGAGGAGAGUGGGAAGAAAGCUUACAAUCAAAUGUCUUCAGAUGAACUAAUUUUUUUUUUCUCUCCCUCUGCCAUCCGCCGUACGUCCCUGUGUUCUUCUCUGUGGAUUCAUCUCAUGUCACCUGUAGCCUCCAAGGCGAAGAAAGACCAGGAGGGUGGAGAGGAGAAAAAGACGACUCAAAAGAAAAAAGUCAAGGAGCUGAAAGUGUUGGAUUCAAAGACUUCCCAGAACCUAUCCAUUUUCCUGGGAUCUUUCCGCAUGCCUUAUGAAGAGAUCAAGACUGUAAUCCUGGAGGUGAAUGAGUCUGUGCUGACUGAGUCCAUGGUUCAGAACUUGAUUAAGCAAAUGCCAGAGCCAGAGCAGCUGAAGAUGCUAGCGGAGCUCAAGGAUGAAUACAAUGAUAUGGCAGAGUCUGAGCAGUUUGGAGUUGUGAUUAGCUCAGUUUCUCGUCUCCGACCUCGUCUCAAUGCCAUCCUCUUCAAGCUGCAGUUCAAUGAGCAAGUAGAGAACAUCAAACCUGAAAUUGUCUCAGUGACGGCAGCCUGUGAGGAAGUGCGCAAGAGUGAAAAUUUCUCUGGCCUGCUGGAGUUCAUUCUGCUGGUGGGUAACUUCAUGAACGCAGGCUCUAGGAAUGCUGGUGCCUUUGGCUUCAACAUCAGCUUUCUCUGCAAGCUCCGUGACACAAAGUCCUCCGAUCAGAAGUUAACACUGCUGCACUUUGUGGCUGAACAGUGUGAACAGUCCUACCCAAAACUGCUGACAUUUCCAGAUGAGCUCAUCCACGUGGAAAAGGCCAGUCGAGUGUCUGCUGAGAACUUGCAGAAAAAUUUGGACAUGAUGAGGAAACAGAUUUCGGAUGUGGAACGCGAUAUUGAGAAUUUUCCAGCCGUUACAGACGAAAAGGACAAAUUUGUGGAAAAAAUGACAAGCUUCAUUAAGGAUGCCAAGGAGCAGUACGAUAAGCUGCGAAUGAUGCACUCAAACAUGGAAAACCUCUUUAAGGAGCUAGGCCAGUACUUUCUAUUUGACCCCAAGAAAACAUCUAUUGAGGACUUCUUCAUGGAUCUGAACAACUUCAGAAAUAUGUUUCUGCAAGCUGUCAAGGAGAAUCAGAAGCGGCGUGAAACGGAAGAGAAGAUGCGCCGAGCAAAGUUGGCAAAGGAGAAGGCUGAGAAGGAACGACUGGAGAAACAGCAGAAGAGAGAACAGCUGAUAGACAUGAAUGCAGAAGGUGAUGAGACAGGAGUGAUGGACAGUCUGCUGGAGGCCUUGCAAUCCGGAGCUGCCUUCCGCAGGAAGAGGGGACCGCGCCAGGCAAAAAGAAAGACUGGCUGUGCUGUCACCUCUCUGCUAGCUUCAGAGCUGAUGAAGGAUGAUGCCCUGAGUUCAGUACCAAGUAAGAUGCUCAAGAACAGUGAGAAGACAACAGAUGGAGAGGUACAUGAGGAAACCAUGGAGAUGAAUAGCCGCUCAAGCUAGACUUUGGGCCCUGGACUAGGGCUGAAACCUGCAGGACUGAAAGUUUUACAGAGGAAGUAAAAUACACUGGGUCACUGGAAUCUGUGCAUGAGCCUGAGGGGGUAAUUUAAUUUCUGUCUUGCUCCUGGGGCUGCUUGUGCCAGCUUUGAGCCUUUUGUUAUUGUUCUAGAUCUCCUCUCCAGUCUUCGGUCUGCCUCUGUAGAGAAUUGAGGGGGCAAAAUGCUUUAGCUGAGCAGAAGCUAUGCUCAGCACAAAGGGGAGGAACUUCAUUUGCAGCCCUCCUUUUCUCAGCAGGAGUGUGGUGGAGCAGACUGGGCAGAAAGAGGCAUGGACAGAGAGGGUAGAGCCACAGCCCCACCUACACAUAUCUCUAUGUUGGGGUGCCAAAGCAGAGACAUUGUAAGCUGCCUUAACCCCGACUUUUUUAGUCUCUGUUACUUUGGGACGUGCUGAUGAGCCAGACCAGCCAAAGCUCUUGCUCCAGUUGACUCUCCUCUAGCAGUACUGGAGGCUCCUAGCCUGUUCCUUCAUCACCUCUCUGCAGGAGAGAACCCUGUAGGUCAAUUUAGCUGGACUUCUCCAAAUGCUGUUGUGUUAUUGUACCAGCACCUUCUGUGCCCUCAUCCUGCUGCCCGCUGGGAAAGGAAGCGAUUCCUGAGCUGUCGGAGGUGGGAAGCUGCGCCUUUGUUUGCCUCAGGACCUGUUGCUUUCCUGCUUUCUCUCUGCUUGCUCUAUUUAUUACUAGUGUCCUUUAGCUGAGCCCUCCCUGCUGCUGGAGAGAACACAGUGAUAUAUGUGCCCAAAGGGAAGGGAAAGGAUCCUGCUGCUGAUGGCCAGGGCAGGCAGGGAGGAAGCUGCUUCUACUCCAGUAGCUGCCUCUGCAUGUCUUGAAGCCGAGAGGACUAAGGUGAAGUGUGUUAGUCUGUGUUACUCUGUGCUGUGAGGUGAGGAACUCUUCCCCUCAGUGGCACAUGCCUAAGCACUGGCCGCAGCCCCCCGGUGACGUCCGCUCGGGACAAGCCAGGGGCCGCUGUUCUUAGCAGCGUACAAUCUUCACGGGAUGCCGUGUCAGGAAAACACGGCCUGUCGUCUUUUGUGGUAACCCCCUCCUGUGGCUGUAGCCCGGGGCCUGGGAGCAACACCCUGGGGCCCAGACCUGUUGCAGCUGCUUGCUUCAGCUGUUGCGUUGUGCCAUGCCGGACUCCCGCUCACCCUGCCGCGGUGAUGAGGGCGGGAGCCUCAUUCUACAAAAUCACUUUGCAAAUGUAUCUAUUUUUGUAUCAGAUUUUGUUUUAAAAGAAAAUUUGAAUGUAAGAUGAAAAUAUCUGAAACAUCUGCAUGUUCCUCGGAGUCCGCUCCGUGCCCUGUGCCAGCCAGACGAGCACUGCACCGUCCUGACCCUCCCUGGGUGUGGAGGGGACCUGCCUACCUGCUUGAAGCCCCCAGCCCCAAGGUCAGUGGAGCUGCCUUGUUUGCUGCAGCUGAGCCUCCACAUCCUGGGCCUUCAGUAAGGUAGCUCGGACUGCCUCUACUUACCUCUCCCCUUGUGGGACUGUUAUUUUAUACGUGCUGCUGAGCAACUCUGAUGUGAGCAGCUGCGGAUACUCCUGUCAAAAGCCAGCUGCUUGGGCUUGGAAAGCAAGAUGCGGAGCGGUGCUGGACACCAGAGGUAUAUAGGAGCACAGGCCCCCCCCUCCUCCCCACAGCAGGACCCCAGGUCUGCACUGCGGGGUGCUGGCUGAUGGUGCAAUAGUUUGUGGUGGGAAUGUCUCUGCCCUAACUUGUGAUAUCCAGAAAUUGAAUUUUGUUGUUGUUUUAACUUAAUACGUUUAUAAUGUUGAAGUGAUGGAGUGGUCUAAAGCAGCCCAGUGUAGUCUGGGCCUGGCACGCAGCCUGGCUGCUAUUGCGCCCAUGCACUUCUGCACCCAGAAGCGUAUGGAUGGGGACUUGGCACAUGCAUACAGUGUCACAGGCCACAAGCUGUAUGUGCGUGUGGCAGCACAGUGACAUAACCUGCCUGCGGUGAAACCAGGAGCAGAAAGUGCCAGCCCCUUGGGCAGGAGGAGGCAGUCCAUGCGCUUGCAUGAGGUUGCCUUCUAGCGUUGUUACCUCCCAGUAUGGGGUUACAGUGAUGCUUCUGCAUUUGAAAAAUAGCAAAUUAGGCAUUUGCUGCGCCUCACAUAAUGAUUGCUGCCUGCAGACACUGCCCAGCUCUUCUUGGGAGGAAAUGGGCUGAUCCCACCUAAGGUAGGAGUUGGGUACAAGGAGGCAAGGGAAGGAAAGGGGGUAGAAGGGAAUGCUUUUGGAGAGAACACCAUUUGGCACCCUCAGACUUGGGGAGCGCACAGGAAGGGCUUACCCAGCUGAGGCAGUGCACUGGGGUCUCGGGGACUCUUCUGAUAGUUGAUGUUGCCCAGGAUGGGGCAGGUCCUUUCCUGCAAGAGCGCAUGCCCGGCAGAGGUGCUGGUGGGAGAGCUGACCCCCUGGUCCCUCCCACCCCACCAAAGGUGUCACGCUGAGGCUUUGCAGCUUUUAUUUUUAAUCUACUUCUGUUGUGUUCAGUAGUAAGAAAAUUCCAUUUUCAUAGUGUUUUGGGGUGUUCCUGGGAUUUGUGAUCACAUCUGAUUAUUGGCUGAAAAUGUUAAUAAAAAAAAUGGAACUGUG